UUGUUUCGACUACUAAUCACGUUAGGUUAAGUUGUUGUGUCACCCACGUGGAUUGUACUUUGACAACCAACAUGUCAGAACCGCUAGCAUUGCCACAAAAAAAGUAUUAUAGACAACGUGCACAUUCAAAUCCUAUAGCGGACCACUGUUUUGAAUACCCUAUUAAACCAAAUUUAAUGGACUGGAGUUCAAUAUAUCCACAUUAUUUUCCAAUUAACAAAGAAGAAUUCAAAGAAAAUAAUGUUUCACAAAAAUGUGUUGAGUUUGUGGAUAUUGGUUGUGGCUACGGAGGAUUAUUAGUUACACUGUCACCAAUGUUCCCUGAUAAUUUAAUUCUGGGUAUGGAGAUUAGAGUAAAAGUUUCUGAUUAUGUUAUGGAUCGUAUAACUGCAUUAAGAUCACAAAAUAUUGGACAAUACCAAAACAUUGCAUGUUUGAGAACUAAUGCAAUGAAAUAUCUACCAAAUUACUUUAAUAAAGGCCAGUUGAAGAAGAUGUUUUUCUUAUAUCCAGAUCCACACUUUAAAAAGUCUAAACACAAAUGGAGGAUUAUAAAUAAGACACUUUUAGCAGAGUAUGCUUAUGUGUUGACUGAAGGAGCCAUUAUAUAUACAAUGACAGAUGUUAAAGAUUUACACGAAUGGAUAGUAAAACAUUUUCAUGAACAUCCAUUGUUUGAUGAUGUUUCCAAAGAAGAACUGGAUAAAGAUCCUGUUGUUGAGAAAUUAUAUGAAAGCACAGAGGAAGGCCAAAAAGUGACAAGAAAUAAAGGAGACAAAUUUCUAGCUGUAUUUAAACGUGUUCCAGAUUCAUUUGAGGAAAAACAUAGUUGA